CAACAACUGACUAACCAAUAAGCAUAAAUAAAUGUUCAUUAAUACACAUAUUCAAAUUACCUAUAGUUCAUCAUUAAUAAAUAGGAAAAUUUAGAUAUAUUAAUUAUAACAUAACAAAACUACUUUAAAAAUGACCAAUUUAAUGGAUGGUUUAGAUUAUAAUUUAUUUGUAAAUAUUUUGACGUCAUUAAAGAAUAAAAGUGACUUGAGAUGGACAUUAAAAACUUUAAAUACAGGACAAUGUGCAUUGAAUUCUCAAGGAACACAUUUAUCAAAUUAUGAAAAAAAAAAGAUACUAGAACAAAAUAUAAAAUUAACAAUUCUAACGGUAAUACCAAUAAACAGUAUUGGUUUAGACUAUGCUACAAGCAAAGCAAUGGAAGUACUCGAAGACCUUCAGAGUAUUAAAAAAAAUACUACUAUUAGAAUGAUGGGAUAUAUUUUAAUUAAAAUUCUGAAAUCAAAACUCCAAGGUUUAUAUAUAAACGAACAAAAAUUAUUAAUGAUGAAAUCAAACUUUAACAAAACUCCAGUGAUAUUUGUUCCAAGUCAUAGAAGUUACCAAGAUUUUAUAUUAAUGGCAUUCAUAUGUUUCAAUUAUAAUAUUGAUAUUCCAUAUGUUGCUGCAGCAAUGGAUUUUAAAAACAUGAAAAUAAUGGGGAAUGUAUUAAAACAAUGUGGCGCUUUUUUCCUACAUCGAGGGAAAAAUGCACAAGAUGUUAUAUACCGCUCAGUAUUAUAUACUUAUGUUAAACACUUAAUAACUUAUGAAAGUUCGCCCUUGCAAUUUUUUAUUGAAGGUACACGCAGUCGGUCUAAUAAGUCUAUUCAUCCAAAGCUAGGGAUACUUAAGUGUAUUGUUAAUGUUUUAUUAAAAAAUGAAGUCCAAGAUAUCAUAAUUGUUCCAAUAUCUAUUAAUUAUGAUCGCCUUCUUGAGGAUAAAUUAUUUAGUUAUGAACUUCUAGGAAUUCCUAAGCCAAAAGAAACAACAUUGGGAUUAAUUAAUAGCAUUAAAAAUAUGGAUGACCAAUAUGGUAACAUUUAUAUUAAUUUUGCUUCUCCUUUUUCACUUCAACAAUAUAUUAAAGAUAUUAAUGUAAAUGGAAAAAGUAACGAAAAUAAUAUUGUAUUAACCCUUGCUCAUGAAAUUAUUUAUAGGCAACAACAUAAUAUGAUUUUAUCAUACUUUAACAUUAUAGCAGUUGCGUUAAUUUAUAAUUUAUCUAAAAAUAAGACUGAAGAUAUUCAUUUAGAUAUAAUAAUAAAUCAAAUUAGAUGGAUAAGUACACUUUUUAAAAAAUGUGGGGCUCAAAUUGAAGUGCAAGAUGUUGAUAUUACUAGUAGAAUUAUUGAUACUAUUCAACUGCAUCAACACUUUGUAACAUUGAAAGAUAAUAUUAUACAUUUUCGAAAGAACUAUUCAAAGUACAAUAACAUUUAUCCAAUUAAUUUAUCAGGGAAUUUAAAUUUUAAAAAUGAAUUGUUUGAUAAUGCAUUCCCAUUGAUUUUAAAUCAACUUUAUGUCAAUCCUUCAUUACACUUUAUUAUAAAUAUUGCAUUUAUAAUUAUAAUUUCAAAAUGUCAAAUAAUUUGGAAAAAUGACAUCUUGGACUUAGAAGAAAAGUUUAUUUUACUAAGAAGAUUAUUUGAGUUUGAAUUUGUAUUUUUUUAUGGCUGUCAAAAAGAAGAUUUUAAACAUAGUAUUUCAGUUUAUCUUCAUAUACAUGAAAAAGAAAAAGAACUGCUUCGUUAUUUAACUAUCAAUCCAUACGUAAUAUGUUAUCGGCUAAUAUAUAGUUGUUUGAUAAACGCUCCUCAAAAAAUAAUUUCAGAAGAAUUUAUUUAUAAUUCAAUUCACACGAAAGUUAAUGAAUUACAUACACAUCCUUAUGGUUUGAGUAAAGAUGUAAUCAAAUCUGCCUUAGAUGGACUUCAUAAAAUGGAAAUAAUUGAAAAAUAUAAAAAAAACGAUAUAAUAUUGUAUGAAAUAAAUAGAACUUCAAUAAUGGUGUUGAUUCAAAUAUUUGCGCAUAAAACAACGAUAGGUGAAGAUGAUUUUAAAGUUUUGAAUGAACAUUUACAACAGCAAACUUACUAUGGAACAAUUAUAUCGGAAUCUAUAAAUAGUGGAACUCCUUCAAUAACUGGCUCAAUUUAA